UCAGAUAAGGAUGAAUGCAGUAAGGAUAAUGGUGGCUGCCAACAUGACUGUAUUAACACGGUGGGGUCAUACGUGUGCCAGUGUCGACACGGAUUCAUACUACAUGAGAACAAACAUGACUGUAAAGAAGCUGAGUGUAAGCAUACGGUUCACAGCCCCAGCGGGACCCUGGACAGCCCCAACUGGCCUGAUAAAUAUCCCAGUAGGAAGGAAUGUACCUGGGACAUCACCACUACACCUGGACACAGAGUCAGACUGUCAUUUAAUGAAUUUGAGAUCGAGCAGCAUCAGGAGUGUGCCUAUGAUCACCUGGAGGCCUUUGAUGGGGACGGUGACUCAGCGGCCAUCUUGGGUCGGCUGUGUGGCAGUAAGAUUCCGGAACCGCUGGUCUCCACGGGUAACAAGAUGUACCUGCGUUUCAUCUCUGACGCCUCGGUUCAGAGGAAAGGAUUCCAGGCCACACACUCCACAGAGUGUGGAGGGAGGUUGAAGGCAGACACUCGUCAGAAGAACCUAUACUCACACUCCCAGUUUGGAGAUAACAACUAUCCUGGUCAUACAGACUGUGAGUGGUUGGUGACGUCAGAGGAGGGUUAUGGUAUAGAGUUGACCUUUACGACCUUUGAGGUGGAGGAGGAGGCGGACUGUGGAUAUGACUACAUAGAGCUGUAUGAUGGUUAUGACUCUAACUCACGCAGACUGGGACGGUUCUGUGGUUCUGGGCCCAGAGAGGAGAUCUACUCUGCGGGUGACGCGGUGUUGAUCCGUUUCCAUAGCGACGACACCAUCAGUAAGAAGGGGUUCCACAUCCGCUACACCAGUACCCAGUUCCAGCAGAACCUUCACUCCAGGAAGUGAUGUCACAAAACCCCGACCCCUAGCCUCACUGUGCCGACAAGACAACCACAUGCCCCUUUCUCCUCUGACUGACAGGCGCCACACACACGCACACGCACACACACACACACACACACACACACACACACACACACACACACACACACACACACACACACACACACACACACAUACGCACACGCACACACACACUGUUUUGAGGAGAGGAGUGAUUGUGGGUGAGAACCAGAGGAGAGAGGAGGACGACUGAUCAGUCCGUCUCUUAACAGGGGAGCUUCUAGAACUCUGAGGACGACAUGUGAAGAGAGACUGGAUCACAGCUUCGCACUGGAACAGGAUUCAUGGAACUGCAUUAACAAUGGGAACUGGAUUAAAUACUGAAACAGGAUUAAAUACUGAAACAGGAUUAAAUACUUAAACUGGAUUAAUGGAACUGCUUUAACAACGGGAACUGGAUUAAAUACAGAACUGGAUUAAAUACUGAAGCUGGAUUAAAUAUUGAAACUGGAUUAAAUACUUAAACAGGAUUCAUGGAACUGCGUUAAGAAUGGGAACUGGAUUAAAUACGUAAACUGGAUUAAAUACUGAAACUGGAUUAAAUACUUUAACUGGAUUAAUGGAACUGCUUUAACAACGGGAACUGGAUUAAAUACUUUAACUGGAUUAAAUACUGUAACUGGAUUAAAUACUGAAGCUGGAUUAAAUACUGAAACUGGAUUAAAUACUGAAACUGGAUUAAAUACUGAAACUGGAUUAAAUACUGAAACUGGAUUAAAUACUGAAACAGGAUUAAAUACUGAAACAGGAUUAAAUACUUAAACUUGAUUAAUGGAACUGCUUUAACAACGGGAACUGGAUUAAAUACUGAAACUGGAUUAAAUACUUAAACAGGAUUCAUGGACCUGCUUUAACAACGGGAACUGGAUUAAAUACUGAAACUGGAUUGAAUUCUGAAACUGGAGUAUGAACAGGAACAGGAUUUAAUACUGGAAUUGGAGUGACUAACUAACUGACUGGCUGUUUGGCUGGCUGACUGACUCGCUGACUAUUUGACCGAGUUACUGGCUGACUAUUUUAAUGGCUAACUGACUGACUGUCUGAUUGGCUGGUUGACUGAUUGACUGGCUGACUGACUGUCUGAUUGGCUGGCUGACUGUUUUACUGGCUGUUUGGCAAGCUGACUGUUUUACUGGCUAAAGGAUUCACUGAUGGACUGACUGGCUGGCUAAAUGAUUCACUGAUGGACUGACUGGCUGACUGGCUAAAUGAUUCACUGAUGGACUGACUGACUGGCUAAAUGAUUCACUGAUGGACUGACUGGCUGACUGGCUAAAUGAUUCACUGAUGGACUGACUGACUGGCUAAAUGAUUCACUGAUGGACUGACUGGCUGACUGACUGACUGACUGACUGGCUAAAUAAUUCACUGAUGGACUGACUGCCUGACUGACUGGCUAAAUGAUUCACUGGUGGACUGGCUGACUGACUGACUGACUGACUGGCUAAAUUAUUCACUGAUGGACUGACUGACUGGCUAAAUGAUUUACUGAUGGACGGACUGGCUGACUGGCUGACUGACUGGCUAAAUGAUUCACUGACUGACUGGCUGACUGACUGACUGGCUAAAUGAUUCACUGAUGGACUGACAGCCUGACUGACAGGCUAAAUGAUUCACUGAUGGACUGACUAGCUGACUGACUGACUGACUGGCUAAAUGAUUCACUGAUGGACUGGCUGACUGACUGACUGACUGACUGGCUAAAUGAUUCACUGAUGGACUGACUGACUGGCUGACUGACUGACUGGCUAAAUGAUUCACUGAUGGACUGACUGACUGGCUAAAUGAUUCACUGAUGGACUGACUAGCUGACUGACUGACUGACUGGCUAAAUGAUUCACUGAUGGACUGGCUGACUGGCUGACUGACUGACUGGCUAAAUGAUUCACUGAUGGACUGACAGCCUGACUGACAGGCUAAAUGAUUCACUGAUGGACUGACUAGCUGACUGACUGACUGACUGGCUAAAUGAUUCACUGAUGGACUGGCUGACUGACUGACUGACUGACUGGCUAAAUGAUUCACUGAUGGACUGACUGACUGGCUAAAUGAUUCACUGAUGGACGGACUGGCUGACUGGCUGACUGACUGGCUGACUGACUGAAUGGCUGACUGACUGACUGAUUGGCUGACUGACUGACAGUGGUGGGAGAAGCAUGAGGUAACGCUGAGGCAACAUUAUACAAACUGAGAGACAACAUCCUGAUAACGUUCUGACAACGUUCAGACAAACCUCAUACAAACCGAGAGACGACGUUCAGACAACGGCCAGACAACUUACGGUGCUGACAGCGUUCUGACAAUUUUUUGAGGUUUGACAACGUGCUUACAACGUCCUGUCAACGCCCUGACAACGUGCUGACAAUGUCCUGACAACGUGCUGACAAUGUCCUGACAAUGUCCUGACAAUGUCCUGACAACGUGCUGACAACGUGCUGACAACGUUCAGGCAAACUGAGAGACAAUGUCUUUCUGACAACGUUCAGGCAAACUGAGAGACAAUGUCUUUCUGACAACGUUCUUCUGAAAACGUUCUGACAACGUUGGGUUUUGACAGCACUAAUAUUGCCUUAGAACCAAAUGUACGUUCUUGAGUCUCUCUAACAUUAGUUGUUAUUUGUUUGUUUGUUAUUGAAUAAUUUGAUUUGACAAUGACUUUGCAGAACUUGAAAGAAUUAUUGUUAAAUAUGACAAAAGAGGAAACCGGUCAGGUGUGUGUGUGUGUGUGUGUGUGUGUGUGUGUGUGUGUGUAUGUGUGUGUGUGUGUGUGUGUGUGUGUGUGUGUGUGUGUAUGUCUGUGUGUGUGUGUGUGUGUGUAUGUCUGUGUGUGUGUGUGUGUGUGUGUGUGUGUGUGUGUGUGUGUGUGUGUGUGUGUGUGUGUGUGUGUGUGUGUGUGUGUGUGUGUGUGUGUGUGUGUGUGUGUGUGUGUGUGUGUGUGUGUAACGAGGUGUCUCAUGUUAUGUAUGUGCCAAGCUCCUGGUGAUCCUGUCCCUCUGUAGGAUCUGUCUUGACUUCUCUCCUCCAUGUUUGUAGUUCUGUUAUAUCAUAUAUCCUCCGUGUUUGUAGUUCUAUGGAACAAAAAUGGCUUCCUCUCUAUGCUGAGUCAUUAAAACUACACACAUGUAAA